AUGCUUUCCGCAGCUGUACUCCCCCGUAGACACGGUUUCGAGCGCGGCUUGGAGAUUCAAAACGAAUUCGGACGCAAUUGGAAUACUUUUUCCGUCUGUGCGGGUGACAACCGAAUGCCGCAGGGCGGACAAAUAAUCAUCUGCACGGCUGGACUCGUAAAGUCCGUCCGGUUAAAUUUUGCCACCAUCUCCUGAAAUCACCUUGGGAAUUGUUUUGAGUGACUGACGUACCCCCUAGUGACAUACUUUAUAUCGUAAGAAAGCUCUGUUUCCGGCGGAUCGUUUGGAUGGAGCAAAUUUUUUGUUUUUUUGUUGGUUGGCGAGAAAAUCACGAUUCCGUGGAGAUUUUGGACGAUUUUGGUUGGUUUUAUUUGGUCGAGUGUGAGGUCAUAUAUAUUUUUUUAGACCGGUUUUGAACGUAUCACGCCCAGGGGCUCACGGCGACACAACUCAGCUUUAUUUUCGCUAAUAAACAACGGAGAU